CCUUUCCAAUCCCAUUUACCCUAAAAAUGUCGGACAAGAUUGAAGCACGGCAAGAAUCAGAACAAAUUACCGAAGAGAAAAUCUCACAAUCGGGCACUUCAAUCCCUCCAAUGGCGGAAGCUGAACAGGCCCAGCAACAACCCGGAUCCACGUCCACCGGAACAAAAUUCUCCAAUGUUUCCUUCAGCAUAUGGCCACCGACGGAGCGCACUCGCGACGCCGUCAGAAAUCGCCUGAUCGAGACCCUUUCUUCCCCUUCAGUUUUAUCCAAGCGUUACGGAACUGUUCCACGCGAAGAUGCGGCGGAUGCGGCGACAAGGAUCGAGGAGGAAGCGUUUUUGGCCGCUGGGGCUGCUGCUACCACCGACGAUGAUGGGAUUGAAAUUCUUCAAGUUUAUUCCAAAGAAAUCAGUAAGAGGAUGCUGGAUACUGUGAAAUCUAGAUCUGAUGAAGCGGAGCCCGAGAGCAAGCCUGAUAAGGAGCCGGAGGUGGAGAGCAAGACGGAGGAGCAGAAGGAGGAGGAGGACGUGGGAUCCACUGCUCCGCCUCAGAGUGAGAAAACCGAGUCUGUUGUAGAUGAUGAGUGACCGACUCUUGUUAAGGUUCUUGCACAAUUAUUAUGUUUUUAUGUUUUAUUCUGUUAUGCGAUGUACUUCGUACUGCAGUGUAUUUUCGGAGGGUAAUCUAUAUUAGUAUCACUAAUUUAUUUUA